AUGGGUCUACCUCUGGACAGCCCAGAAAGAAACACCGACACACAUAAAUGUGAGCAGCGGGGUGAGGGAGAGGAGAGCGAAAGCCAAACUGAAUCUUGCAAAUGCAUGCCGCAGCCCGUCAACAAGCAGAGAAGGAAAAGCAAGAAGAGAUGACUGUGGAUCAACCUCACCAACUGCAAAUAUGAAAGUGUGUGGCGAGCUGCUCGUAGAUACGGCCUCAGAGAGGCGAUGGACGGUGAAGAUUGGACGCUGUUCUGGACCGACUGCUCAGUGUCUCUAGACCGUGUUAAGGACAUGAAGCGUUACCAGAAAAUAAACCAUUUCCCGGGGAUGAACGAGAUCUGCCGCAAGGAUUCUCUGGCCAGAAACAUGAACCGCAUGCUGAAGCUCUUUCCCAAAGACUACAACAUCUUCCCCAGAACAUGGUGUCUUCCUGCAGAUUCCAGCGACUUUCAUGCUUACACUAGGGCCAAAAAACACAAGACGUAUAUCUGUAAGCCUGACACCGGUUGUCAAGGCAAAGGCAUCUUCAUCACCAAAUCCAGUAAAGACAUCAAACCUGGAGAACAUAUGAUCUGCCAGGUUUACAUCUCCAGGCCUUUCAUCAUUGAUGGGUACAAGUUUGACCUGCGUGUCUACGUGCUCGUGACGUCAUGUGACCCAUUCAGCAUUUUCAUGUUCAAGGAGGGCCUGGCUCGCUUCUGCACCACAAAGUACAGCGAACCAACGCUCAGCAAUGUGGAUGACGUGUGUAUGCAUCUCACCAACUAUUCCAUCAACAAGCACAGCGAGAACUUUGUCCGUGAUGAGGAUUCUGGGAGCAAACGAAAGCUGUCCACCCUGAACAAGCUCCUGGAGUCCAUGAACUACAGCACAGAGAAGAUGUGGAGCGACAUCGAGGACGUUAUCAUAAAGACUCUGAUCUCGGCCCAUCCCAUACUCAAGCAUAACUACCAAACGUGUUUCCCCAACCACACCACCGGCAGCGCAUGCUUUGAGAUCCUAGGCUUCGAUGUACUGUUGGAUCACCGGCUCAAACCCUGGGUGCUGGAGGUGAAUCACUCCCCAAGUUUUACCACUGACUCCCAGCUGGACCGCGAGGUGAAGGAUGCUUUGCUGUACGACACUCUGGUUCUCAUCAACCUGAGCGCCUGCGAUCGUCGUAAGAUUACUAAAGAGGAGAGACGCAAGGUGAAGGAAAGGCUGCAGCAGCACCGCUCCAGAGAGGCCAGGUCAGAGGAGCUGCGUCAGUGCCAGGCAGCCACGGUGAAGCAGAUGGAGAGGUACGAGGCCAAACACCUGGGAGGCUUCAAGAGGAUUUAUCCCAGAGAGGGAGGGGAGAAAUACGACAAGUACUUUAAACACAGCAGCUCGCUCUUCCACGAGACAGCGGCAUCGAAGGCCAGAGAGGAGUGUGCCAGGCAACAGCUGCAGGAGCUGCGUCUGAAGCAGGAGCAGAAGGAGCACUACCAAAGGAGAGGCCGGAGGAGAGACUCGCAGGGGGAGACUGCAGGGGAAGGAGUCAAACCACGAAGGGCCCCAUCAUCCCCGACCCCCAUUUCUAACUGCGACCCAGCAUUGCCUCCUGUGUCCGGCCUGUCAGCAGCUCCGGAGUCUGCAGAGGUCCAAGAAGAGGAGCAGGAGCAUCCGGAUAAGGAGGAGAAGGUGGUGGUGGAGGAGAGGGAGGAGGAGAAAAAAGUGGUAUUAAUAGGCGACCACGAGCAGCUCAGCGUGCUGUACCAGAGGCAAAAACUAGUGCAGGACCUCGGGGUGGUGAGCCAGAUCCAGCAGCUGCUGCAGGGCCACAGAGAGGGAGGGGGAGCAAACGACUUCUGCUCCCAGCAGCAGAGAAAUCAUCAAAGGCAACACAGGAAGCUGCCCGAACGGCGAGUCCAAGAGCCACGGCAGAGCAGGAGAAAUACGCCGGAUCGUCAGCCCCCAGCAUGCGUCCUGCGCAGACUUCUUCUUCUGUUUUCAGUCAGCGGCUCUCUGAGCAGCUUCUACACCGACGCCCGGUCCCGUCCCGGCAUCCCGACCAUAAACUACAUCUCCAAAGGAGGCCCUCGAUGCACCAACGACAUGUCCCACGACCCCGACGCCCUGCGCAGCCUGCUCGUCAUCUCCACGUGCGUCCCGCUGCUCCGGAGGCCUGGCUUCCCUCACAGAGCGACCCAGCACGGUAAAGGGCAGUGA